CUUCGCGUAUCUUCUACACCUCUCGGAACAGGGGAAAUGUUCGUCGCCUCUCCGUCUUCCUUCUCUCCGGCGGCUGUUUUUCCGAACCGUAAUGGGAAGGGGACAAAACCUCAAUCUCCGAGGAAGAUGUUGGUCGUGAGAGCAGGAGCGAAGAGAAUACUGUACGGAAGAGACAGCAGAGAGAAAUUACAGGCCGGGAUUGAUAAGUUAGCUGAUGCCGUAUCUGGUACUCUGGGGCCUAGAGGGCGUAAUGUGGUGCUUGCGGAAUCAGAUACGAUUAAGGUUGUCAAUGACGGUGUUACAAUCGCUAAAUCCAUCGAGCUCCUUGACACAGUUGAGAACGCUGGAGCAACGCUAAUCAAAGAGGUUGCCACCGAAAUGAACGAUUCCGCCGGCGAUGGCACUACAACCGCGAUCAUUCUGGCUAGAGAGAUGAUCAAAUCUGGUUUGUGGGCAAUUGCUUUUGGGGCUAACCCUGUUUCCUUGAAGAAAGGGAUGAACAAGACUGUGAAAGAGUUGGUUAAGGUGUUGAAAAAAAGAAGUAUUCCUGUUAAGGGGAAGAGCGAUAUUAAAGCUGUAGCCUCGAUAUCUGCUGGGAACGACGAGUUUGUGGGUAACUUGAUUGCCGAAGCCAUGGAAAAGAUCGGCCCUGAUGGUGUAAUCUCCAUUGAAUCGUCUUCCUCAUCCGAAACAUCUGUCAUAAUCGAGGAAGGAAUGAAGAUUGACAAGGGCUAUAUGUCACCACAUUUCAUCACAAAUCAGGAGAAAUCUAUCGUGGAGUUCGAUAAAGCAAAGGUCCUUGUGACAGAUCAGAAAAUCGUGGCAGCCAACGAGCUAAUUCCGCUUUUGGAAAAAACUUCCCAACUGAGUGUUCCUCUCCUAAUACUUGCCGAGGAUAUCUCAUGGGAAGUGCUCGAGACCCUGUUGGUGAAUAAAAAGAAAGGUUUGCUCAAUGUUGCUGUGGUAAAAUGCCCGGGAAUGUUGGAAGGGAAAAAGGGUCUGCUUCAAGAUAUUGCCCUCAUGACAGGAGCCGAUUUUAUCGCCGGGGAUUUGGGCAUGACCCUUAUGGAAGCAACCUCCGACCAGCUCGGCAUUGCUCGGAGAGUAACUAUUACAAGCAAGUCAACAACCAUAGUGGCAGACCCUUCAACUAAAGGGGAGAUUCAGGCAAGAAUUGCCCAGAUGAAGAAGGAUCUCGCCGAGACAGAUAGUUCAUAUCUUUCAAGAAAGAUUGCGGAGAGGAUCGCAAGGCUCACCGGAGGCGUGGCCGUAAUUAAGGUAGGAGCUCACACUGAGACCGAACUCGAGGACAGAAAACUUAGGAUCGAGGAUGCGAAGAACGCUACGUUUGCAGCCAUGGACGAAGGAAUACUACCGGGUGGAGGUGCAGCUUAUAUCCAUCUUUUAGAUGAGAUUCCGAUCAUAAAGAACCAGAUGGAAGAUUCAGAUGAGCAAAUGGGUGUAGAUGUUGUAGCAAAGGCACUUACUGCACCUGCAAUGGCGAUAGCGGCCAACGCAGGGGUAGAUGGAUCGGUCGUGGUCGAGAAAACGAGAGCUCUGGAGUGGAGAAACGGGUACAACGCCAUGUCAGGAAGAUUCGAGAAUCUGCUGGAAUCUGGGGUGGCGGAUCCUUGUCGGGUUUCGAGAUUCGCUCUUCAGAACGCGGUUUCUGUCGCGGGUGUUGUGCUCACAACUCAAGCAGUGCUUGUGGAGAAGAUCAAGCUACCGAAACCUAAGGUUCCUCUUGUUCCGGGUAUCAACAUGUAAGAGGAUUACAUGGACAAAGCAGGAAUACGUUUCUUGCAACACAAGAUUCCUAACCAGUCAGCCCUAAUAAUAUAACUCUUUACAUAACACACAUGUUGAUACAUUUUUCUUUUCUGCUGUAUUAUUGCCUUUGAGUAUAUAAAAUUAUAAUUUAAA